GUUAAACUGAAAGAGAAGCGCUUUGUGCAGUACUACUCUACGAACACACACACACACACACACCGAGCUUAAUUAAUGUCAGUCACAGGUGAUUAAUUUACCACUUUAUCACAGGCAUGACGUCACAGGCACUUUGUAUGUGCGCGAGUGUGUUUAUCACAGCGGUAAUAAUCAGUGUGUCGGCAGAGCGCUCGUUCUCUAUAGACUACAGUAAUGACUGCUUCCUGAAGGAUGGACAGUAUUUCCGCUACAUUUCCGGCAGUGUUCAUUAUUUCCGGGUCCCACGCUGCUACUGGAAGGACAGACUGAUGAAGAUGUACAUGAGCGGCCUCAACGCCAUUCAGGUGUACGUGCCCUGGAACUUCCACGAGCCAGUGCAGGGAGUGUACAGCUUUGAGGGGGACAGAGAUUUGGAACAUUUCCUCCAUCUGGCCAAUGAGACGGGCCUGCUGGUGAUCCUGAGGCCCGGACCGUACAUCUGCGCUGAGUGGGAAAUGGGAGGUCUGCCUGCAUGGCUGCUCCACAACCCCAAAAUUAUCCUGCGGUCAGCAGAUUCAGAGUACAUGCAGGCUGUAGGUGAUUGGUUGGCUGUGCUGCUCACUAAAAUGCACCCAUGGCUCUAUCAGAACGGUGGGAACAUCAUCAGUGUGCAGGUGGAAAAUGAGUAUGGCAGUUACUUUGCGUGUGAUCAUAACUACAUGCGAUCUCUUCGGUUGCUAUUCCGGAACUUUCUCGGAGAGGAUGUGGUUCUGUUCACCACCGAUGGAAACACAGACAAAGAGCUGGCGUGUGGAAGUCUGCAGGGGCUGUACACCACCAUCGACUUCGGCACUGACACAAACAUCAGUGAUGCAUUCCUUCGUCAACGGAGAUUUGAGCCCAAGGGCCCUCUGGUGAACUCAGAGUUUUACACAGGUUGGCUGGAUCACUGGGGAGACAACCAUGCCUCUGUCGACACACACAAAGUCAGUAAGAUGUUGAGAGACAUGAUGAGCAUGGGCGCUAACGUCAACAUGUACAUGUUUGAAGGAGGAACAAACUUUGGUUACUGGAAUGGAGCUGAUCAUGAUACAAGGUUCCGUCCUGUAGUGACGAGUUAUGAUUACGAUGCUCCGUUAUCAGAAGCUGGAGAUCCAACUGACAAACUGCUGGCCAUCAGAGAUGUCAUUAAGGAUUUCCGUGAUAUUCCAGUCGGGCCAAUGCCUCCAGCUUUACCAAAGAUGGCGUAUGGUUUUGUGAUGCUACAAAAGAUCGGUAAUGUCAGUGAUUUGUUGGAGAUCUUAUCACCUCAGGGUCCUGUUAAGUCUCUAAAGCCACUAACGUUUGAGGAGAUCAAACAAUACUAUGGAUAUGUGCUGUAUCGGACACGGUUGCCACGGGACAUUCCGGAUCAUACGCCACUGAUCUCACCACUGAAUGGCAUCCACGACCGUGCCUACAUCUCUGUGAAUGGGGUGUAUCAGGGUGUGAUGGAGAGAGACAUUACAUUGGUGAUAAACGUGACAGGGCAUGAAGGAGAUCAGAUGGACCUUUUAGUGGAGAACAUGGGCAGAGUGAACUUUGGGCCCAAAAUCAAUGACUACAAGGGCAUCUUGGGAAAUCUGAUCCUGGGUAAUGACAUCCUCUCGGAUUGGAUGAUUUUUCCUUUGGAUAUUGAUGGCGUGAUUGCGAGUGGCUGGCCGCAGUCAGGAUGGAAGGCAGAUAGCAGAGAGGCAGGAGACACUGGACCUAGUUUUUAUUUUGGCACUUUAAAACCCAAUGGUGUCUCCAGAGACACCUUCAUCAAACUUCCCGGCUGGACCAAGGGUCAGGUGUUCAUUAACGGUGUUAACGUGGGUCGGUUCUGGCCAGAACGCGGCCCUCAGCACACGCUGUACGUUCCUGCUUCGUUAAUCAGCGCCACGUCAACUAACAACAUCACUGUGCUGGAGCUGGAGAGAGCAGCCUGUCACAGACGAGUGGUGUUUACGGACCGCCCACAACUCGACAACAUGGCUGUGUGAAACACACACACAUGCUUCCCUUCACAAUAAUUUAAGAAUAUUGUAUUAAUAUCAGAACACUGUUUUUGAAAGAGCAGUAAAAAUUGGAAAUAUGAUUCCUUAUUAUAUAAGGAUUAUUAAAUAUUGUCACACACUGAGUAGCUGGUUUAUCAGCUUCUGCUGCCAUACACAUCACUCUGUAGGUGUACAAUUACUAACUGUAGUCAAUCUAUCCUGUGUUCGUGUGUGUGUGUGUGUGUGUGUGUGUAUAUAUAUAUAUAUAUAUGCAUGCACACACACGUAUACAUACAAAGGACUGAUUGUACAGAU